GGCUUGGUCCAGGGGCGUCCACGAUGUCCCCACGCUGCUGGAGCCCCUGGAGGGGCGCAGCUCGACUCCGAGCCCGGCGGCUUUCUCCACGGACCCCCCUCUCUCUCCUAUUCUGCCAGCAUCUCUCCACGGCAGAGCCCACCCCCCAGGUUUGCAUCGUGGGCAGCGGCCCGGCCGGCUUCUACACUGCACAGCACCUGCUGAAGCACCACCCUCAAGCCCAGGUGGACAUCUUCGAAAAGCUGCCCGUGCCCUUUGGCUUGGUUCGCUUUGGUGUGGCCCCUGACCAUCCCGAGGUGAAGAACGUGAUCAACACCUUCACACAGACAGCCCGCUCGGCCCGCUGCGCCUUCAGGGGCAAUGUGGCCGUGGGCAGGGACGUGAUGGUGUCUGAGCUGCAAGAGGCCUAUCAUGCCGUGGUGCUGAGCUAUGGGGCCGAGGACCACCGGGCCUUGGGGAUCCCGGGGGAGGAGCUGCCGGGGGUGCUGUCGGCCCGGGCCUUCGUGGGCUGGUACAAUGGGCUCCCCGAGAACCAGGAGCUUGCACCCGACCUGAACUGUGACACAGCCGUCAUCCUGGGCCAGGGCAACGUGGCCCUGGAUGUGGCCAGGAUUCUGCUGACUCCCCCCAAGCUUCUGGAGAAAACAGACAUCACGGCACAAGCCCUGGGGGCCCUGAAGCAGAGCCAGGUGAAGACAGUGUGGAUCGUGGGGCGCAGAGGCCCCCUGCAAGCAGCCUUCACCAUCAAGGAACUGCGGGAGAUGAUGAAUCUGUCGGGCACACGAACCGUGCUGGACCCGGGGGACUUCGUGGGGCUCCAGGAGGCGAUCAAAGCGGCUCCUCGCCCCAGAAAGCGUCUGAGUGAGUUGCUGUUGCGAGCGGCCCUGGAGCCAUCCGGAACAGAAGCCGCAGCUCACCUGAACACGGCCCCGCGGGCCUGGGGCUUCCGUUUCCUGCGCAGCCCCGUGGAGGUGCUGGCUUCUCCGGAUGGCGCACGGGCCGCCGGCGUCCGCCUGGCCGUCACCCGGCUGGAGGGCUCAGGGGAGACGGCCCAGGCGGUGCCCACGGGGGCCACGGAGGACCUGCCCUGCGGACUGGUCCUGAGCAGUGUCGGGUAUAAGAGCCGUCCCAUCGAUCCAUCUGUGCCCUUUGACCCCGAACGGGGUGUCAUCCCCAACAGCGAGGGCCGUGUGGAGCACGCACCAGGGCUCUAUUGCAGUGGCUGGGUGAAGCGAGGGCCCAUUGGCGUCAUUGCCACCACCAUGAGCGACAGCUUCCUCACGGGCCAAGCUCUGCUCCACGACCUCCAGGCUGGGCUCCUGCCGUCGGGAAGCCGGCCCGGCUUUGCUGCCGUGGAGCCGCUGCUGUACAGCCGAGGCGUCCAGGCCCUCACCUUCUCGGACUGGGAGAGGCUGGAUGCGGAGGAGGUAGCCCGGGGCCGGCCAGCCGGGAAGCCCCGGGAGAAGCUGGUGGACCAGGCUGAGAUGCUGCGACUGGCGGGUUACUGAGUGCCCCGGGGCCGCCGA